GUGAAUUUGAUUUGGAGGAAAGGAGAAGAGUGGAGAGGAGCGAGUGUGAUGAGCAUCAGUGAUUUGAUAUAAAAAAGGGACCAAUCACUCCUUUUUUUCAUUCCCAUACUUUUGGUCUCGUUAUCCAGUGAUAGAAGACUACCCAACAUAACAAAAACAUUCUCCUUCUCUUCCUCUCUUCGCUCUACAAAAUCCCAAUUCCAGCAAAACACAUUGGUUUCAAGUCUUUCCUCUUAUGGAAAAUCAACAGCCUUCCCUCAAAUCAAGAUUCAGACGCGUCUGUGUCUUCUGCGGUAGCAGCCCUGGCAAGAAUCCUAGCUAUCAGCUUGCUGCUAUUCAACUUGGCCACCAACUGGUCGAAAGGAACAUUGACUUGGUUUAUGGUGGAGGAAGCAUUGGUCUGAUGGGUCUGGUCUCUCAAGCUGUUUAUGAUGGUGGCCGCCACGUGUUGGGAGUGAUACCCAAGACUCUUAUGCCAAGAGAGAUAACAGGAGAAACAGUGGGGGAAGUAAGAGCAGUAUCAGGCAUGCACCAACGCAAGGCAGAAAUGGCUCGUCAGGCUGAUGCAUUUAUAGCCUUACCAGGUGGUUAUGGAACCUUGGAAGAACUGUUGGAGGUCAUAACUUGGGCUCAGCUUGGAAUCCAUGAUAAACCGGUAGGGCUAUUGAAUGUGGAUGGCUACUACAACUCACUUCUAUCAUUCAUUGACAAGGCUGUCGAUGAAGGCUUCAUCACCCCAUCUGCCCGUCACAUUAUUGUUUCUGCCCAAUCUGCCCAUGAACUCAUGUGCAAGCUUGAGGAAUAUGAACCUAGGCACUCUGGGGUGGCCUCCAAGCUAAGUUGGGAGAUGGAGCAACAACUGGGUUACACAAUAAAGUCAGAUAUUGCACGUUGACACAUGGUCAAAUUUGUGUGAUGGAAGAUAUUGAUGACCUUAGCUGAUCUUCUUUUAAAAAUAAAAAAUACACAAAAGCUAUAUGUAGAUGUGAUCAUGUGAGCUCCACAAAAGGGAAAUGCCACCACAGUUCUUUUAGUCAGCUGUGGAUCACGCUUUCAUUUUUUAUUUUUGCUAUUUUAUCUAAUUUUGUUAAUUAGUGUUGUCGGUGACUGCUAAUUGUGUAAUUUUGCAUAUAUGAUUUGCCAUUAUAUAUAUUGAAUUGAGGUCUGGUUGUUAUAAA